AUGUUACCCGAAAACAGGUAUGACAGUAAAGUUAACCGAAUAGGGUUUUUGAGCCUUGUCCUGAAGUACUUGGGUGACCGAGCUGUCCUUGACACCCGCUCAACCCAAGAGUUAUACACCAGGAGAGAUUACCUCACGGCAAUGCUCAUCUCGCCAUCAUCUGUCGCAGACGUCGACACGCUUAGAUCUGAACUGGGCAUUUCCAUGGCGGAGAGCAACAUGUUUGCCCUAAGAAAUAUUGAAUCCGCAUUGUCUAGCAGCGGCACCAUACAGCGAUUCCUCUUUGCUUCAGAGGGCACUGAGAAGCUGUACUCCUUGAAAGACAUACCGGCCCGUAUCCUGACUACAAUCCGACAUCAGAUCAAGAUUGAAGGAGCGAGUGACAAGUUCCAGAUAUGUGGUAGAGACAAGACUAAUACUUGA